UCUUGUCAACCAGCUGGGCCUUGUAACGGGGACCUGUAACUCGAGUGAGAGCUUUAAGUUGGUUGGAGUUUGGCUUUGUCCAGACGGUCGGGCUCUGCUGAGAUAUGUACAGGCUUGCCCAUUCCAAGUAUGGAGUUGUGCCUUGGCCACUGAGUGAAGACUCGGGGGUCAGGGUCACUAAAGUGGAAGGCACAGCGCUAGGCUGGCUUCACAGAGCAGCGAUCACUUCCCUCUCUUGUCGGUGGAAGGAUAACAAGCUUGUUCUUGGCAAGUCCAAUUAACACCCGAUGGACCACUCAAACCAACAACCAUCUUUUUUUGGCUCGAAAAUAAUCCUCAAGCUAUAUUUUUGUGCACCUUAGACUAAAUGAGAACAAGCUUCUUUUUGCUGCAGGUGCAAUUAUAGUGAAGUAUUGCUUCAUUAGUAUCUUGCUCUCCCUGUUUUCUGUAAUUCACUUGUAUGUUUUUUACCCCAACCGAUAACACUACAAUGACAUACUAAUAAGUGAUUUAGUAGUUUGAGUUUGAUCACUUAAACUUCAGUUAUAGAACUUUACAAGCCAAAAAAAGCAAUGUGCUUAUAUUUUUCAGUAAUAGUUGCAUAUAAUAUCACAAAGGAACAUAUGAGGGAAAAGAUUAAGAUGAAAAUGAACCACCUAGGCUAAGGAAAUGAAUUUGUAUCUCUUCAUUUAGGCUGGAUGAAUGUCAUUCAGCUAGCUGAGCUUGGUAGCUUGGGCUUGUCACUCGAGCGAAAGCUUUGAGUUGGUUGGAGCUUGUCUUGUUCCAGACGGUGGGGUAGAAGAGCAGCAUGAUAUGGCAAGGCCACCGAACACCUAAUGGACCAAGUUAAACCAACAACCAGUUUUUUUUAUGUUUUUUUGCAUCUUUGGUGAGGCUCUCGUUUUUUAUGUUUUUUUUUUUUUUUUUGCAUGACUCUCGGUAGCUGAGUUAGCAUGUAAUAAAUGGUCCAUGUAGCUGAGUUAGCCCGUAACAAAUGGACCAACAGCGAGCCAGGAUCAAAGUUUCGGAACCAAUAACAUUUUUUAUUGCACCUUGAUGUGACUCUUGGUAGUUGAGUUAGUCUGUAAUAAGCGGCAAGUGAAACCAACAACCAAUUUUCAUUUUUUUGCAUCUUGAUGAGACUCAAUAAAGCUGAGUUAGCCUGUAAUAAGUGGACCAACGGCGAGCUGAGAUUGAAGCUUCGGAGCCAAAACGAAAUGCCACAAUUUUUAUUUUUAUUUUGCACCUUGAUGAGACUCCCGGUACCUGAGUUAUCCUGUAAUAAGUGAACUAACGGCGAGCCAGGAUAGAAGUUCCGCAGCCAAAAUGAAAUGCCACAUUUUUUUAUUUUUUUUUAAUCUUGAUGAGACUCUUGGUACUUGGUAGCACUACGUUGUAAGUGGAUCAACAACGAGCCAUGAUCAAAACUUCAGAGCCAAAACGAAAUUCCACAAUUUUGUGGAAUCAACAUAUGAGAUUUUCGCUAUAUAAAGGAAUGUUUGGUUCCUUGCGUUAUGCAGCUUAUUUGUCAACCAUAAAUAAAUUUGUGCUUGAGUCAGUUAAAUGUGUGUUUCUAAGAUUUCAUUUAAAUUUGACCUCUUUUAUAUAUGGUGCAGGUUUAGCAGGGGUUUUAGCCUAGGUCGAGGCCUAAAUUUACAACGAGACAUCUCCUGGAGAAAUAUAGAGUUGGCUUUUGUUUCGACAGCUAUAUCUGUUCUUUCAUGCACCACAGAGAUUAUUAGGUUACGUCGUGGUUACGUUCUGUUGGACAUACAGAUAAUUAUUUCACAUCAUAAGUUUAUGAUGGGGAGAAACAGCGAAGAACAAGUUAUCAUACAUAAGAGAUCAAAGGCAAGUAUGGAUGUUGAUCUGAGAAGAGCCCUGUUUACUCAGAAGCCCAGGUCACCAGCUGAAAAUGGCAGGCCAAGCAGUAUGGUUUUUAAGAAAGCCACAUGGUGAUUCCGGCUCAUAUAGUAGCAGAAGCAAUUUCAACACUCCAUGGUCUUGAUUUAAGAUGGUCAGGGCCUAUCACACCUACGGAAAUGAAUUAUGUUGAACAGUAUGUUCUAGCCAAGUAUCCAGAAUACUCAAAUGCGCUUGUUGAAGGAGGGGAAAAGACAGAACUUUAUGAUCUUUGCAUCAAAGAAGAGCCUGCACAUCUGUCGCCUGAUGACAAGCGAAAAUCUCCCAGAGGUGGUUUUAGGGAUUCAGUGGCGCCAACAUUUGGAAGCAACCAUCCUGAUUUAGACAAAACACAGUUAGAACCGUCAAGGCUUCAAGACGUUCUUACAAAGAAGUCGUCCUUUUUAGGAAGUUUCAUCUCCAUACCAGAAAUUCAAGCCAGGAAUAAAGUUUUGAAGCAGUGUGGAUUACCUGAUGAGGAGUACCUUGUUAUCUUCACUUCAAAUUACAAAAACGCAAUGAUGUUGGUUGGGGAGAGCUAUCCCUUCUUCCGAGGGAAUUACUACAUGACAAUUAUUAAGGAAGGAGAUGAUUACAUUAGAGAAUUUGCAAGUUACAAGGAAUCAAAAGUGAUUGCACCACCGGAGACUUGGUUGGAUUUGAGGAUCCGUGGAUCACAACUCAGCCAGUACUUCAGAAGGAAGAGUAAGCACACUCCAAAGGGUCUAUUUUCAUAUCCAGCUGAUGUAGAUGGCACCAAAUACUCUAUGCAUUGGGUUUCUGAAGCGCAUAGGAAUUCCUGGCAUGUUCUGCUUGAUGCCACUGCAAUAAACGUGGGGGAGGAACGAAUGAACCUGUCGCUCCACAGGCCAGAUUUUGUUCUGUGCAAGCCUGACAAUACUAAUGCUCACCCUUCAGAUAUCACAUGUCUGCUAAUCAGGAGAAGAUCUUUCGAUACAGGAGCUUCAGUUUAAGCAUACGAGCAAGCAGAUCACAUCUCACAAGAAACAUUAGUAUGAACUGGCUAAUUAUCUGCUGGAGACUGUUUCAUUAUAGACCGGUUCAGUUUAAAUCUGUAUAUGGUAACCUCUGAACUAGCUCAACUCCUUUCUAAAACUCAACCUCACUUAACAUUGCGGUGUUUAACUAAGGGCUGAUUGGCUAGCCCUAUGCCACCGCAUUCAAAUUUCUUCUAGUACGAACGUCAUACAAUAAUUACUAUCAGAAACAAUUGCAUCACAGAUAAAUCUAGCAAUUUGUAUUAGUUGCCAGUCAGGUAGCGAUGAUGACACGGGUAUUUGCUAGAAAUUUGUAUAUGCAACAGAUCCUCCACGAGUGUCGAUUACAUGGUGAAUAACUGAAUAUUGUUGGGGAGGACUGAACUUCAAGA